AUGCCUUCGAACUCCACCUCCUCCUCCUCAUCCUCCUCCUCCUCGUCCUCACCCUCCUCAUCCUCCUUCUCUUCUUCCUCCUCCUCCUCAUACUACUCCUGCUCCUGUUCCUGUUCCUGCUCCUGCACUCUCCCACAUUCUCCCCUCUGAAUUGCCAUCGUAACAGCCAGCAUUUUAUCCACCGUGAAGGCAUUGACUCUGAUGAUGUGUAGACUUCUGCCUCUGGGCAAAUGUGUUGCUUCUAAUACGGCUCGCCAUCACGCAUGAGUAGUCUGUCUCUCUAAUAUCGCCUCAGCCGACAGCGGACAUUGUCAUGUAUGGCAUUACUUGGAGACGUAGUAGUGUUACACGAACACAAAUUUCAUAUUGCCAUCUGUCGGCAUUGGAGGCAGUCGGCCAGUCUGUGUGUCUGCCAGUAUGUCUGUCAGUCUAUGUGUCUGUGUGCGUUUGUGUGAAGAUGCUUACGGUUGAGCUUUUUGCAUUGCAGCAUAUGAGACAGAGAGUGGAUCGUCCUUGGCAGGCGAGAAGAUGACUGGCAGGCCAGGCAAGUGCUUUUGCUCCUAUUUGACCUGAGAUGUGCAGAGCAGCUGUAGCAUGCCUUCGACCUCCCCCUCCUCCUCCUCCUCCUAGUCCUCCUCCUCCUCCUCCUCUUCCUCCUCCUCCUCUUCCUCCUCCUCCUGCUCCUGCUCCUGCUCCUGCACUGCCCCACAUUCUCCCCUCUGAAUUGCCAUCGUAACAGCCAGCAUUUUAUCCACCGUGAAGGCAUUGACUCUGAUGAUGUGUAG